UUCAAUUUGAAGCUGCGGCAAUAAUCUCAUAUUGAUUCCAUCGCGAGUGCGUUGGCCCGAUGACAGCUCCUUUAACGGCCCAAAAACUCAGCAGCGGAUGCACACGCGCACAGCGCUGCAUCGGCAUUAAGACGUCUGCGGAUGGGAAGCUUGUAUUUGAGGCCCAAGGCAACUGUGUCGUUGUCCGCAGCACCAAGACCGGCGAAGUAGUCCAUCACCUGCGCUCCGCCAGCCCACCAUCCGACCCGACAACCAAUGCACAUGCCGAGAAGGUUCGUCUGCGCUACCGCAACCAAUACAUCCGCGCCCAUUUUGAAACCCAGUACAAGAACCCCCACCCAGACGACGACGCGGCGACGGUCGCGGCGCACAAAGCGGUGUGGAUCCAGCGCCAGGUCGACAAAUUUGUCAUCCCAGCCGACUUUUUAUCGCAUGUGACAGCGUUUGCGCUGCACCCGACCAAGGCUGGCCAGCUGCUCGUGGCCACGGCCGACCACAUGCUUCGUGUAUGGGACAUUGCCCAAGGCUCGGUGUUGGAGUCGUUUACUUUGGAUUCGCCCGCGGUGUGGCUGCACGCGAGUCCUGUGGAUCCGUCGCUGUUGUUGUUAGUGUUGAACGAAACUGCGAGGUUGGAUCGCAUGCAUGCUGUUGCCCUGAGCAAGGAGACGAAGGAAGCCAAAAAGAACGAUGGCGCCGCGCCCGCCAUCCCGGACGACCUGACCGCGGAAGAGAAGAAGGCCGCGUUAAAGCAGCGCAAGAAGGACGAGCAUCGCCCCAAGUGGAUGCUCAACCUGCACGGCCUCGAGACGACCCAUUGGAAACUCGUGUCGUACAACUUGUCCAAGGGGGCUGUUGAAGAAGAGCAUCUCCAGCGCAAGUUUAUGCCGUUUUACGGUGCCCACAUGCAACAGCGGUCGAUUCCUUCGGAUUACAUUGCCGCUGUCGCGGUGAUCGCGUCGUCGCAGCUCUUCUACCUGCGCGUCGGCGUUAAAAACACUGGCGACGUCGCGCCUCGGGUCGUGACAGUGAACCGGUUCGAGCACGUCCGCCAGUUGUCUUGUGUGACGGUGCAUCCGUCAUCCGACGAGGUCAUCACAGGCGACUCGAUGGGGCAAAUGCAAGUAUGGCGCCAUCUCGACACAGCCGGCAAAGGCCUCCAGCCGUCUAAAUUGCACUGGCACGCCCACCGUGUGGGCUGCGUCGCAUACUCUCGAGACGGUUCGUACGUGGCAUCUGGCGGGGAAGAGUUUGUGCUCGUGUUGUGGCACUUGGAAAGCGGCCGACGUCAGUACAUGCCGCGCCUGUCGGCGGCGCUGAGCGGCAUCGCCACCAAAGCCGACGGCUCGGGGUACUUGGUCGCGUGCCAAGACAACUCGAUCUUGUCGUUUAACCCAGUGACGAAUUCGCACGAGUGGCAAAAGGGCGGGCUGGGGCGCGUGGGGUUGUCCGCGUCCAAGACCCUUGUGGGGCGUCGCAUGGUGGUCGAGCCGUGGGCCAACACGUUGGCGGUGCAGGCCAAGAGUCUGGUGGGGCACAUUCAGUUUUACAACCCGCUCCAGGAUCGCGUCGUUGCGACCCUCGCCCUUACGCAGCGCAACCAAGUGUCUCGGACGGACGACGAAGCCCCGAUUCGAACGUAUGCGUCGCAGAUCUGCUUUGCGCCGGCAGCACGCACCAUGGCCACAGUCACGACGACGCUGGAUGAGUGCGUAUUGCGGUUUUGGUCACGGAAAAGCGACGGCACGUUCGCCAUGCACACGGAUGUGGACAUGCCCCACGGAGACCACGUGGUGACGGCGACGGCGAGCCACGGCGGCGUCGUGGUGACCGCCGACGACCACGGUGAGUUCCGACUGUGGCACGACCCGACAUCGAAUGGGUGGACGUGCCGGUCGCUGGCGCAGUUCCGGCAGGUCAGCAUCGGGGCGGUGGCCUUCUCCCACGACGGCUCGCUCCUCGCGGUCGCGUACGGGGCCUUGCUGACGCUGUGGGACCCCGUCACGAACGUGCUGCAGAGUGUGCUGUCGUACCCGAAUGCACCGAUCAAAGACAUUGUGUUUGCCGCCCACUCGCCGCAUGUGGCCGUGCGCACCCCGUCGGGGGUGUACGUGUGGUCGCUUCUCACAACGACCGUCGCGUGGUUCUACAACCUCCCCGCGACCUGCUUGGCGCUGUCCCCCGACUCUGACCAGCUCGUGAUUGCGGUGGUAACCAAAGCCAAGACGCUGGACGUGACGACCCAUGUGCUGGCGUUCGACAUUGCGUCACCCCAUCCCACGGCGCUCCAUCGCCUUCCGCAAGUGGACACCGCCGCCAUCGUGUUUUACAAGAAGCGGCUGGUCGUGAUGGACACGGUCAGUCACGUGUACGUUGUGGGCGACGAGCAUGCCGUUGUGACAGCUGAUGCCGUGGCGCCCGUGCGUCUGCAACCAGAGUCGUCUGCGCUGCAAAAGAUGUACGGACCGAGCUUGGCGCCGGCGGCGGUCUCGCAAGCCAACGACAACGACAGCCAUAUUGGAGGAGAGGUGCGGUCCCGGGACAAGGGGCUGUUUGACGCGCCCGCACAUGUGCUUCCGCCCCUUAGGUCGUUGUAUCGAUCGUUCCUGGACACGAUCCUUCUAGCCAAGGACGAAGGCACGAAUGGGUCGAGUGGCCGGGAAGGAAGUCGCGUCCGGAAACUGGACGAAAGCAGCAGUGUCCCCGCUGCAAAGAAGCACAAGGACGGAGCAUUGGUCUUGCGCGAAGAAAAACCCGAGGACACGUAUGCCGCGCUCAAGAAGGUGUUUUCCAAGAAGUAGUAGACAUGUGGAUGGAAGUAAUAUAUAGAUUUGACGACCCGUGCAUGCGCUUGUAUAUGGUGCGCUGAAGUGUAUCCAUGGACAUGUGACGAAGGGCGCUAGAUUCGCCGGAACUUUCGGGCGCGCAAGGUCGUUUGACCGACGGUGGCCGUGUCUGGCACUGCGAUCGCGGGACGGCAUUGAAAGCAUGUGGCACCUAUCGCUCUCGUUUAGAGGCCACCAUGUCGAUGCAUUGCGUCCACCACCCCUCCACCCCAUCAUGGCUGCGUGAUGGACGAUUGUCAACGCAUUUCGCGAGUGCGACUUCUACGGAAGCAAGGAGCCGGCCG